AGUCCGCGUCGAGGACUGCAACUGCGGUCUCGGGCGUCAGCGGCGCGUGCGAAGGGAAGGGCUAGCCCGGCUUCCUGGUCCUUCGGCGGUGGCUAUUGCUCCUGGUUCGUGCGCUGGGCUGCGAGCUCAUGUCUUCAGGAAUGCCACCAGAAAACUUUAAAACAACCAAUGUUACUGAUACAGAGGAAAAAGUGAAGUGCAACAUUGAUAAGGUAGAAAUUACAGAAUUGCCGGUGGAAAAGAUGGAGAACAUUGAAACUAUGUCAAAAAGACAGCGAAAGAAACUAAUAAAGCAGAAACAAUGGGAAGAACAAAGAAUCUUACGCAAACAAAAACGUAAAGAAAAACGCUUGAAAAGAAAAAUGGAGCGCCAAUCUCAGCUGGAAUCAAACGGUGAAGGAAGUGUCAGGAAACAUAUGCGUAGGGAUAUUGUUCCUAGUGCACUUCGGCUUAUAAUAGACUGCAGUUUUGACAAUUUAAUGGAAUUAAAGGAUGUCAAGAAACUUCACAAGCAAAUUCAGAGAUGUUAUGCAGAAAAUCGUAAAGCACUUCAUCCUGUUCAGUUUUACUUGUCCAGUCAUGGAGGCCAGCUGAAGGACAACAUGAAUGAAACAGACAAAGGAUGGAUAAAUUGGAAGGAUAUUCAAAUUAAAUCAGAGCAUUAUAGUGAGUUGGUGAAAAAGGAAGAUCUUGUUUACCUUACUUCAGAUUCUCCAGAUGUCUUGAGUGAAUUAGAUGAAUCAAAAGCCUAUGUUAUUGGAGGCUUGGUUGAUCACAAUCAUCACAAGGGAAUUACAUACAAAAGAGCGAAAGAACAAGGUAUAAGCCAUGCACAGCUCCCCCUAGGAAACUUUGUGAAAAUGAACAGCAGGAAAGUUCUGGCAGUCAAUCAUGUAUUUGAAAUCAUCUUGGCAUAUCUGGAAAAGAAGAACUGGGAAGAAGCCUUUUUUACUAUCUUGCCACAACGAAAAGGGGCCAAACUGCUGCAUGAGGCAACCGAGGUGACAGUUGCCUCCCUGUGCAAGCAGCAAGAGUCAGGAAUUAUUCAAGAUGAAGUCUCUGAAAAGAGCUAAAUGUUAAUGAAAAUGCUACUCAUGACACGAGAAAGAAAGCUUCCAACUUUGGAAUUUAUGAAAUGCUAUACCUUCUCUCUUGGUUUUAAGCACUAGAUUUUUAUUACCAAAUUUAAGCUGUAUAUUUAGUCAUAAAAUAUUUAAUGGCAUUUAAAUAUGCAAAAAGAAUUGUUGAAGGAGUUUAGAUUUCCAAAGAUGCCAGUGUUUAUUUUCCUCCUUAAUCUUUUAUUUAAUAAUUUGCUGGAGUCUAUUUGUUUUUUAUUCUGAACUUCACAGCAGAAUUUUAAUUGUAAUACAGUCAACAUUCACUUGGCUGAAACUCAUGUUAAGUAUAUUUUCUUGUUUCUAAUUUUCUUUGCUUCAUGUUUGUAAUAUAUGAGAUCUUUCCUUAGUAAAGAUAAGACAUGACAAAAUUCAACUGCAACUAGAAUAGUAGAUUAGGAAGUUGAAGAGUAAUUUGCAUGUCAUUAAGGCUUUUUGUUUUAAUCUAAAUCUUCUUGAUUCCUGUGCUUGUAGAAACAGGACAGAAAUUUACAUUUCAGCUUUGCUGAUGCAACCCAACUACAGUUUACAAAGUACGCACACUUAGUGAUUUCUGCAGUAAGAAUGAAAAUGAGGUCACAUUGUCAGAAACAUAACCGAUACAGCAGCUUUUCAUUACACUACUGAGAUUGUCUAUGCGUAAGGAGUUAGCGUUGUAUGUCUUUCACCCCCAAGGCUCAGAUAUGAAGCAGCUAGACUUUAACAGCUUCUGUUGUGAAUACAAGAACUACUGCAAAUAAAUACAAGAAGGGGCUCUGCCCCAAUUUCACUGAAAGAUGUUUUUUAAUAGUUACAAUUCUUUAUUGCCAAUAUUAAAAUUGUUGGACAUCCAAAAAGGCAUAUUUCCUAUGUGCUAUAAUGUUACAUGGCAUGAUGGAAAAAAAAAAGUCUUUCUUCAAAGUUACUUAGUUUUCAGAAGUUCAAAAUCACUAUGAAAUUCAGUUAUAUUCCAAAAGCUUGAAAUGUUUUAGACAAAUUAAGAAACUUUCAUAUGAUUGAAGAAGUUAAGCAAAUAUUAAACUUAGAAACUAAUUAGAAUUAAGUUUGUUGUAGGGGUCAUUUGAAAAAGCUGACCAAAUAAAUUGUGUGAAUGGUGUAAUUAUGCUUUUAAACUUGAAUUCCUUUUUGCUCAUCUUAUUCUAUCUUAUGUGAAAUUUAAAAUAACAAAUGUGCUCUCUCUAUAUAUAUACACACACAUACAAACAGAUUGCCAGUAAAUAGUAUUCAAAGUUGAUCAAAGUUGUUUAAUCUGUUGAAUUAAUUCUUCCAUGUAGUUGAACUGGUUCUACAUAUUUUAGUUAUUUCACUG